CCCGAAGAAGGAGUUUCAGGCGACCCGACACCUACUCAUGCUCUCCCUCGUUUUCCUCGCGUCGGCGGCGCCCUCGCUGCCGCUCCGGCCUCCGCUCCUCGCGACGCCGUCGCUGCCGCUACGCGCCCGUGCGCUCGCGGCGGGGCCUCUCCCGCUGCGCGUCCCGCCGCCGCGCAUGACUGCCUCUUCUUCCGACUCGCGAUCGAGUGAGUCGGCGGCGCUCUACAGCAAGAUGGAGCGGCUGCUGCGGGCGCCCAAGGCCAAGGCGUCGCCCCUGGUCCGCUCGCUCACGCGCAACUGGCUCACGCUUCCGCCGGAGGAGCUUGUGGAGAACGCGCUGGUCAUCGGCCGCAGCCUUUUCGACACCUUUGACGACGGGUUUGAGCUCCUCGAGGCUGCCGAGCACGUGGCGGGCGGCGCGCUCUCUGCACGGGCGUACGGCGGGCUCAUGCGGAUCGGGGAGGCGGAGGGACGCCACGCCGACGUGCUGGCGCUGCUCGGCCGGAUGCGCGCCUGUGGGGCCCCGCCAGGCCCCGCGGUGAUGCUGGCGGCGAUGCACGCCGCGGCGUCGCUCGGCGACUGGGGCUGCGUCUCGCGGCUCUUCUCCGAGUACGCGGGCGACGACGGAGCGGCGGCGCCGCUCGAGGUGCUCGGCGAGCCCGCGGCGGUCGAGGAGCUGGAGGAGGCCCUGCGCGGGUGCUCUCCACUCGCGCCGGGCGCCGCGCUCACCCGGUACGACACGGAGGCGAUUCGGCUCGCCGUGCGGGCGCACUGUGCGCGCGGCGACGGCGCUCUCGCCGAGGCCACGCUGGCUCGGGCACGCGAGCUCGCCCUGCCGCUCGACCUGCCCGCCUACGCGGCGGUCGCGCGGCUCGCGCGAGCGCGCCGCUCCCUCGCCCCCCUCGGCUAUUUGCGGCCUGCGGACAUCGUCCUCUCCGCGGGAGGGGCAGUUGAGCCGUCCGUCCUCGAGGCGCGCGCCGCACUGUCGCGCCUCUCGCGCGCCGACAGAGACCUCCUCGCCGCGGGCGUGUGCGCCGCCGCCCUCGCCGCCGCCGCCGUCGUUGCUUCGGGAGGCAGCUCGGCCGAGCUGGAUGGUUUCUCCAACGCUCUGACGGGCUUCGACCACCUCGACGCGCUGUGAUGCGCUGUGAGGCGCGCGGCGAGAGGUGUGGGUUUUGCGUGGGUAGGUGCCCCCGCUCACCCGGCGGCCGCGGCUGUGGAGGCGUGGCAUACGUGUGUAUGAACUAGUACCAUCCUUGGGGAGCGAACGAAGGUACGUGUAAGCCGUAUAUUGUGUGAGGAGAGCAUGUGGAGUGGGGCCGGUGUGGAUGUGCCAUGUCGGAGUGUAUGUUGGCGGAGGCGGAGCGGAAAGGAGACCAAAUCGAAAAAGAGAAGCACACCCU